AUUUUAUCGAACAGAUGGCAGUUAAAUAUAGUAUACAGUAGCAUCAACUCAAUUGUUGAUAACAUUUUUUGUAUACAAAAAAUAAUAUUGACAUGGAAGUAAAUAUUUUACAAAAAUCUUUUAAGAAAUCCGUUAAAUGUCACAUUCAGUACAAAGAUUGUCUCGAGAUCUUUAGGAUAUAAGACAAUAAAGAAAAAUUUUAUAUUUAUAAUUUACUGUACAAGGAUAAUCAAACAGAUAAUUGAGAACAAUGGAAAAUUUUGUACAAGCAAUUUCAGUUGCGAAUAGUUACUUCGCUUUGGCCGAUGGUCUCGCUGACGGUAUACACAAUUAUCUUUCGGAAGAUGUGAUCCUCGAUUGGUUUGGAUGGAUAGUCGAAGGUAGAAAAAACGUGUCUGCCUUUAUGGAAUCUCACGAUUCAAGACAUAUAUACUCCUACAUCGUACCGACAACUAACAUCAGUUACAAAAAGAAAAAAUUGAAACGACUUUUCAAGUUUCGAUCGUAUUGCCGUCAAAAUCAAGAAUUUGUAAAAAAAGAUUUCGUCGAUGAUAAUAACGAGGCGAAGGACGAGUCGUUCCAUCGAGAAAUGGAAACGUCAUCGAAUUGUGACGUCGAAACCAAUGUUAAUCAAAAUGAAAUCGAUGCGAAGGAAAUCAGCGCAAUGAAUGACUCGUCUUACGAUUUGAGCGAGGGUGAUCUUUUCAAUCUUUUUAAGCUUGAGAUCUCGACGUCCAGCACAGAAGAGAUCGAGGAGAGCAUUAAUAGGAUAAAAUUGGAAGAGGAAAUGGCACCAACCAUCAAAGCUAUCAAGAGAGAGAAUGGUCCAGGAGAUGAAAACGUCAUCGUUGGAUUGAGCACACCUAAAUACAUAGAGGCUUAUGGCGAAAUGGAAUUCUCGCGGAGAUACUGGAAACGAGGAGUAACUAGAUUGAACAGCACAAUGAACAUAACAGAUAUUUUGUUUAAUCGUACCAUAGAUAUUUGCAAUGCCUAUUCCGUGCCUAUGUCUAAUGUGCACACUUGGAAACGACCGUGUAAGUUACAAAUUGCGUACAGCACUGAACAUCCAACCCUGAAAUUAUCAUCGAAUAAAAAAAAUAUAGAAAAAGAUAGAGUACGAUUUGGACACUCUACGAUCAGAUUGCCCACUUUGGAGGAAAUCAAUCAAAUUAGCGAUAGAUUAGUGCCGAAUAAGAACAACUUUGGUGGCUUUUUGAAGAACACCGAUUUUUUCGAAGAUCUCAAAGAUUUCAUAAAAAAUUUGGAAAAAGAACCCUGUAAGUUAUUCAAUCCUUAUUACGUGGAAAAAAAACUGGUCUUUAACAAACCAGGGGUCAACGCAAACGAUAGUAACGAUAAGAAAAAGAAAAUGUUUCUUUAUAAUUAUCAGAUUCAUUUGAUAAUAUACGAGGAUAGCGAGAAUGAGUUUUGCAAGAAUUUAAAAAAAUAAAAUUUUUGAAAAAGUAAUAAUAGGGAUGUGGCGUUUAAAGAGAAAUUCCAAGCGUAAGAAAAUUAUUAUAUCAUUUGAUAUUUUUCCAGAAAAUUCAUGCGAAAAUCAUGUUUUUUUUUUUAAUUUCUUUUUUAUUUAAAAAAUUUUUUCGAGUUAAACUUUUGCAAUAACGAGUCUCUAUAACGUUACUCGCGGAUUUUAAAUUUAUGAAAUACUUAUGUUAAGUAUAUUUUUUAUACUGCGAUCAAUUGAAUGAUGAUCUCACGUUCACUGAUAAUUAAGUUUGAACAAUAAAAUUGGUAGAAGAUAUUAUAAACUUUAAGAUGUUUAUCCAACCGAACAAUAUUUGCAUCUAUUACAAUUGAUUUAAUACUCGUAAUAAUUUGUUCUUCAAACAUUCAAAAAUUUACGAAGUCAACUGUACUUAUUGUAUGCUUCGAAUUACGGCGUUUCUUUUUUGUUUUUUAAGCACAAUUUUGUAAUUUUCUUUUAAUCCGAAUAAAGUGCAAUUUACAAGGUCGUGUAACAAUAUGUUUGUUUUUCGC